CCGGACGGGAGGUCCUGACGCCCUUCCCAGGGAUGGGCACCGCAGUGGCCCCAGCGCAGGGUGGGGCCCACCUGAAGCAGUGUGACCUGCUGAAGCUGUCGCGCCGGCAGAAGCAGCUCUGUCGGCGGGAGCCUGGCCUGGCUGAGACCCUGCAGGAUGCCGCCCACCUCAGCCUGCUCGAGUGUCAGUUCCAGUUUCGGCAUGAGCGCUGGAACUGCAGUCUGGAGGGGAGGACAGGCCUGCUCAAGAGAGGUUUCAAGGAGACGGCCUUCCUGUACUCGGUGUCCGCGGCCGCCCUCACCCACACCCUGGCCCGGGCCUGCAGUGCCGGGCGCAUGGAGCGCUGCACCUGUGACGACUCUCCAGGCCUGGAAAGCAGGCAGGCCUGGCAGUGGGGCGUGUGCGGUGACAACCUCAAGUACAGCACCAAGUUUCUGAGCAACUUCCUGGGGCCCAAGAGAGGAAGCAAAGACCUGCGGGCACGGGUAGAUGCCCACAACACCAAUGUGGGCAUCAAGGCUGUGAAGAGUGGCCUCAGGACCACUUGUAAAUGCCACGGCGUGUCAGGCUCCUGUGCCGUGCGCACCUGCUGGAAGCAGCUCUCCCCGUUCCGAGAGACGGGCCAGAUGCUGAAGCUGCGCUAUGACUCAGCCGUCAAGGUGUCCAGUGCCACCAACGAGGCCUUGGGCCGCCUGGAGCUGUGGGCACCUGCCAAGCUGGGCAGUGCCACCAAGGGCCUGGCCCCCCGGCCCGGGGACCUGGUCUACAUGGAGGACUCACCGAGCUUCUGCCGGCCCAGCAAGUACUCCCCUGGCACUGCAGGCAGAGUGUGCUCCCGGGAAGCCAGCUGCAGCAGCCUGUGCUGCGGGAGGGGCUAUGACACCCAGAGCCGCCUGGUGGCCUUCUCCUGCCACUGCCAGGUGCAGUGGUGCUGCUACGUGGAGUGCCAGCAGUGUGUGCAGGAAGAGCUCGUGUACACCUGUAAGCACUAGGUCUGUUGCCCAGUGUGCCAGCCGGGCACUGCCAGGACCUCUCUCGGCGUCCAGCACCUGGAGGCCACCCCGCUGUCCAUCUGGUCCCUCCAGGCAGGUACACCUGCAUGCAUGCGCUCAUCAGUGUAUGUGCCAGAGCACAUGUACUCCUCUCCAUCGCGCCUGGCAGUCUCCCUUCCCUCAACACUCAGCACCGGAGGUGCAGGCCCUAAUCCUGAACCCGAGGGUCCUCAGCCUUUUGAGGACUUGGAGCAGGAAGGCAGAGUGGGAAAGUUGUGGAAGGAAAUAAGAGAGACAAGGAGGUGGGCAAAA